AUGUCGAACACCUCUUCCUCACAUGGUUCCUCCCGUGGGAUAGACUUUAGGCCGUCUACCCCCGACCAGACCCGACCUACGCUUUCUCGAUCGAACUCCCUGGCGCCGAAAUCAGAAUACCUACGGCAUGCAAUUCAAGCACGGAGGGCACAGGGUACGCCUACUCCUUCACCUCAGGAUAUCAAAGUGCCCCCACCACCAGCACAGAAGCCUCCGGAGAUAUGCACGCCCAAGACUUCGCCUGACAUCUUUGAUCAAUUCGCCCUCACGGAAGAACAAAUGACCCCGGUGUCGCCUAUCCGACGACGUCGGCCCAGCGAUGCUCGCCCACCGCAGUCCAGGACGAGUCGAGAACUCACAGAAGAGAUCGACAAGUUGAAGCAGACGCUCAUGACUGCCAACAUGCGAGUGGAGCUGCUGAGGAAGGACAACAAGGUGCUGCAGCAUGAUUUGACGGCCGCCAAAGAACAAAUCGAACGGAUGGAGCCACUAGAGGAUGCGAACUACGAGCUGACUGCGGAGAACAAGCAACUCAGACUCAAAAUGGAAAAGAUGGAUGAAGAGAUGACGAAGCUGCGAGAAAUCGACGAGGAGCAUCGGAAGACCAACAUCGAGCUCACUGCUAUAGCAAGCGAGAGCGCGGCACACUGGACAGAUCACGAGCUCGCCAUCGAAGAAGCUGCCGAGACCAUCAUCAUGAUGGAGGAAGAGAAGGAGUUGCUCGCGGAAGAAGUCAAGCAACUCAAACAGCGAGUCAUGGCUAUAGAAAGCCAUUCCCCCGCUAGCACGCUCGUCAACAGCCCUGGCAAGUUCCCACUUCGCGUCUUCAGUGUGGACGAGUCGCGGCCGUCUACUUCGCACUUCGAUUCGGAUUACUACAGCCAGCCUGAAUCGCCGCAAGCGAAGCAGAGCAGCGCGUCGAUCAGGUCGUUUACGCCUUCAGAACGGUCGAAGAAGUUUCUUGAUCUCAAGGAGGAGCGACGACGGUCUGCUCGUGAUCUGAGUGAGCGCAUGUCUGCAGUAUCCCUGAAGGCACUACGCGAAGCGUCUCUUUCCCCAACGCCAGAAGAAGUUCCCGCAGUUCCUACGACCCACCAGCAACAGGACCCUUCCAUUGUAGCGGAUGAUAGGCUCCUGACCGCCAACCAGACGGUCUACGAGGAUUAUACCGCCCUCGCAAACCCUCAAACCGAGCGUCAACCGACCAACGCCCAUCCUCAAGCUACAUCCCUAGUACCACAAACACCCCCGGUAGUUCCCUAG